CAAAAACGAAAAAAAAAGCAAUGUAGCGGAGCGGACGGACGUCGUUUCGACUUUUCUAUUCCGUCAUGCAAUAAUUUUUGUCAUUCAUGAAUUCGUCGAUAAAAAAUAUUUUAGAUGGUGUCACCUACGUGAACUUUAGUUGAAAUAUAGUAAAAUAAUGUGUUAGUAUUUUAUUUCGCGUAGUUUGUCUUUGUAGUUCUAUAUGAUAGGUCUGUGACAAGUUCGGUAAUGGUGGCCAUGUCAUGAAAAUCCCCACAGCCAUGGAUGAUAGCUCCGUAUCUCAUCACAACGGAGGGCAAGUGGGAUCUCAAAUCGGAGUCAGUAUAAACAACAAACAGAAUGACGAACCUAGCCAAAGCGUCCAGUAUUCGAUACCUGGCAUUUUGCAUUUUAUUCAACACGAAUGGGCGAGAUUCGAGCUCGAGAGAUCACAAUGGGAGGUGGACAGAGCAGAGUUUGAGGCACGGAUCGCCUUCCUCCAAGGCGAGAGGAAAGGUCAGGAGAAUCUAAAGAAUGACCUCGUGAGGCGGAUCAAGAUGCUGGAGUAUGCGCUGAAGCAGGAGCGAGCCAAGUUCCACAAACUGAAGUAUGGAGUGGAGUUGCAGCAAGGAGACGUGCGCCCGCCGCCGGAGGAGCCGCCCGCGGAGCCCGAGCCCGCUGAGCGCGCGCAGUGGAAACAGGGCCGGCAACUCAUCAAACAGUACCUGCAGGAAAUAGGCUAUACAGAUACGAUCCUGGACGUGCGCUCGAACCGAGUGCGCACGCUGCUGGGCCUCAACAACGAGGAGCAACAGGAGGAGCCCAACUGCCGUAGCUAUGACAAGCAGCAGCGCGACAGAUGCGACUACUCUAUGAACUCUAUGGUCCGCAAAUACGAUAUCGGUAAAGAACCACAACGCAAAGGCCCGUCGGCCGGAGGCUACAAUGAGGAAGGCCUCUCGGUGCAGGACACAGCGGUGGUGUUCACGCACUUCGAGUUCCUGGCCAACCAGGAGAUGGACAUGGACGAGAUCGACGACCUGGACGCCAAGCAGGGGCACCACUCCGCGCCUAAACAAGGCGAAGAAGUGGAUCACGAAGCUGAGGAGGUUCUCAACGAGCUCAACUCUCUGACGGAGAGCGAGGCCGACGGCGGCGGGCAGGGCGACGAGUACCCAGUCGUAAAGUUCCCGGGCGGCGGCGGCGAGGCGGACGAGGAGCCGCUGGCGCUGGGCGAGCUGGCGCAGCUCACCGUCAGCAACGAGCCGGAGGCCUACGACGUGCAGGGCGCCAACAAGGAGUCCUUCCGCAAGACCUGGAACGCCAAGUACACGCUGCGCUCGCACUUCGACGGGGUGCGAGCGCUGGCUUUCCAUCCGACGGAGGCGGCGCUGGUGACGGCGUCGGAGGACCACACGCUGAAGCUGUGGAACCUGCAGCGCACGGUGCCGGCCAAGAAGUCGGCCGGGCUGGACGUGGAGCCGCUGUACACGUUCCGCGCGCACGCCGCGCCCGUGCUGUGCCUGGCCAUGGGCGCGCCGCGCAGCGAGGAGUGCUUCUCCGGCGGCCUCGACGGCACCAUCCGCGUCUGGAACCUGCCGCCGCCCUCCGCCGACCCCUACGACCCCUACGAUCCCCAGGUCCAGGGUCCCGUGCUGCGCGAGCACACGGACGCGGUGUGGUCGCUGGCGGCGGCGCACGGGCGCCUGCUGUCGGCGUCGGCGGACGGCACGGCGCGGCUGUGGGCGCCGCGCGCGCCGCGCCCGCUGCUGGCCACGCUGCGCGACGACGCGCUCAGCGCCGCCGCCGCCGCCGCCGACUUCGCCGACAACGGCGCGCGCGCCGCCGUCGUCUACCAAGACGCCACCAUGCUGCUCUACGAUCUAGAGACCGGACAGACGGUACUGCGCGUGGCGAUGGAGAGCCCGGCGACGCGCGUGCGCGCGCACCCGACGCUGCCGCUGCUGGUGUCGGCGCACGAGGACCGGCACAUCCGCUUCUGGGACGUGGUGUCGGGCCGCUGCGCGCACGCCAUGGUGGCGCACCUGGACGCCGUCACCGGGCUCGCGCUCGACCCCAACGGGCUGUUCCUGCUGUCCGGCUCGCACGACUGCUCCGUGCGGCUGUGGAACCUCGACACCAAGACCUGCGUGCAGGAGAUCACCGCGCACCGCAAGAAGUUCGACGAGAGCAUCCUCGACGUCGCCUUCCACCCGCUGCGGCCCUACAUCGCGAGCGCCGGCGCCGACGGCCUCGCGAAGGUGUUCGUCUGAGCGGCAGACGUCGACUAUAUAUUAUAUAUAUAUUACAUGUAUUUCCUUUGGAUAGGACCUUGCCCGCUCGCGCGGCUCGCGUGUGUCAGUAGCGGCCCGCGCCGCCCGUAGUGGAGCGGAGCUCGGCCCGUCCCCCGUCCGGUUCCGCCGGACCCGGACCGCUCUAGCGUAUUUAAAUUGUAACGUAAUGGACGCGCUCGACGCUCGUUAUAAGCGCGUAGUGAACACUCAUCUAUGUAUAGACAUUUGAAAUCUAUUAUAAUAUAUUUUUAGACUUUCAGUAUGUGGAUUUUAGGUUUUUAUUGCGACUUUUUCACCGAUUUUAUGAUACGCAGUGAGAAUAUUGUUCGUUUCUUAUGCAUCUGUAAGCGAGACCUGGUAAUAAAUAGGGUAAUUGUGUCAGUUCACCGUCCAGUGCCUGUUUCCGUCCACUUGGCGGAGUUACCACAAAGAAUUGCGUAUAAUUUGAAUGUAAACCUACCUUAUCGCACAAUUUUGGACUUAUCCUUAAUGUCGAAACAAUAGAUCUAUUUACAUAAAAAUUAUAUUUCGCAAGAAGCGAAUUAAAAAUAAAUUAUAUUAGUUGCAGCUUCACAUCCGUGCCUUUCAGAGGUCAUAAAACCAAGAAAAAAAAGUUAAGGCGGGAAAUGUUCAUGGUAAGUUUAUUAACUGUUCUAGCUAUUUUAAGUAAUAUUUUUUGCACGUAUGUAUACUUAGAAGUAUAAUAAAACCAAAAAUUAUCAGUUUUAAGAGGUUUUUUAAAGAAAUCUUAGAGAAAUUUAGUGGACGAGAACUGACACAUUAAUUUUAUGAAGUAUUUAGUUGUCGACCACGGGUGGACGGAAACCCAAAUAGGUAGGCGAAUAUUUAGUAUGAUGAUUUUAUUUAAAUAUAUCUACUAAAUACAUUUGUUUUUCCUCUCAAUAUGAUCUGUAUCGCCUAUUAAAGCAGACAUUUAGUUUACGUCCACUUCUUUGUCAACGGUGUGUGAAUAAAAUGGUAUUUUGUACAAUUGAUUCUAGACCGAUUUUUGCUAAGGAUUGUUGAAUUUGGUAUGAAAAUAGCUCGAGUCCCAAGGAAGGACAUAGGAUAGGUUUAUCACGAAAAUAGUCAUUAUACGCGGUCGAAGUCGUGGGCAGAAGCUAUAAAACCAACUAAAAACGAUUUAUAUAUAACAUAAGAACUAAAAAUGAAACAUAUAAUUGAUCUUUAACUCAAUAAUGCAGUGGUCGGAAACUAGCUCAUACGUGGACGAAAACUAACUCAUAGGUGGACGGAAACUAAAAUAACACUACUUUUGCAAAUUAUAUUUUUUAUAAAAUAAACCGUUACUAUUAUUUAAGGUCAAGUAAUAUUAACCUAAAAUAGACAAUACGAGCAAUACAAACAAAUAUAACACAUUUAAGUAAGACUACUUAAAUAUUAUUUUUUUGCAUUUCAAAGUUGGCAUCUCCUAUAAUUGGACGGUAUCUGACGCAAUUACCCUAUAAUACCGACGAUGUUUCCUUGAUACUUUUUAUUUUGUGUCUGUACAGUUAGACGUUACGCACUAUUUGCUAAUCGUUUUACAAAACGGAUGGUGUUUUUUAGGCUAGCAUAUUUUAUUUAAAUUGAAUGGAUAUCAAUAGAGAAAUGUCUCUUUUUGUUUUGUGACAUGUAUCGAGUAACGUGCUCCCAUUGUAACUCUUGGGCGAUCGAACAAAAAUUGAGUAGAAGUACUAUAUCGGAAGUAACAUAAGUAAUGUUUGUUCAUAACGAGUACUGCGAUGUAGAAUAUAUUAUAAUAAAACAUAAUAUUUCCUUUAUUUUCCUCGAAUUCAUACUUGUACACAUACAUCCAAAAUUGAUAGUAAAAAGCAACAUAACCGACA